ACACCAAGAUAAAACCUGAAGAACACCUGUGUUAUUUGCUUUAAUGCGAUCGCCAAUCCGCCUGCUUAGCAUGGAGAGCCCUGUGUUGUGUUUAUUAUAAUUGCGUUUCUACAAUCCAGUGCGAUAAAUUUGUUAUUCAAUCAUACUCUGAGGAUUCUCCAGUAAAAAUACUGGACCCUUCUGCUAAACUGCGUCCGGAGGAGGCGUUCAACGGCAAGCCGAUAGACGCAUUCCGCGACUACUCUGUCGACGAUAAGGAUCCGAUCAAGGAGCGCGUGCGCAAGACUUACUAUGACAUGCAUACUAACAUGACUGUGGAUUUUGUUAAAGGAAAAAUGGACAAAUGGCUAAAAUUCAACCAUUUCAAAGCGACAAUAAAGGAGUCUCUCAUCAAGCUAAACGCGCUGGUGGACGAGUCAGACCCUGAUACAAACCUGCCUAACAUCGUGCACGCUUUUCAAACAGCAGAGAAGAUCCGGCAGGACCACCCUAAUGAGGAUUGGUUCCAUCUUAUUGGUCUGAUACAUGAUUUGGGGAAGGUGAUGGCAUUCUACAACGAGCCCCAAUGGUGCGUGGUAGGGGACACCUUCGCCAUGGGCUGUAAAUGGGGAAAGUCCAUAGUUUACGGAGACGAUUCUUUCAAGGAUAACCCUGAUACGUACAAUCCUAAGUACAACACUGAAUGCGGCAUGUACGAGCCACAUUGCGGACUGGAGAACCUAAUGAUAUCGUGGGGACACGACGAAUACCUUUACCGCGUGCUUGUUCACAACAAAGCUAAAUUCCCUAAGAAAGGACUGUACAUGAUCAGAUACCACUCAUUCUACCCAUGGCAUGCUGGCGGAGACUACAAGCACCUCCUCAAGGACAGUGAUGAAGAAAUAUUGAAAAUCGUUCUUGAAUUCAAUAAAUACGACUUGUACACUAAAAGUGCUGCAAUUCCUGACAUAGAAGCACUCUGGCCGUAUUACGAGAAACUCAUCGAGAAAUAUAUUCCUGGCAUUAUCGAAUGGUAGAAUAAUUAACCAAAAUCUUUAUUAUCUAUAGUUUUAAGAUGAAAAUUAAAAACGAUGAAAGAUGUAAUUAGGAAGGAGGUGUUUCGCCACCGACUUACCGUCAUACUGGUGUCCUCGAUUUAAAUUUACUUACUUACAUAUCAGCGACUGAUAUGUAAGUAAGGUUCGAUUCCCUGAUCGGGAGAAAUAUUUGUAGUGCCUACAUUUAUUUCUCUCGUGAGUUUGGGUGUAAUUUUGUGGUUGUCUAUGUGUGUGUCCAUGGCACCCGCACACAGGGUUUCUCUAGUGCGGGGCCAUGUUGAGUGUGUGCGUUAUUAUUAUUAAAAAAAAAAAUCCCGGACCAUGUCACUACAUGACUUAGUUUAUAGUCAUUACUUUGUAAGAAUAUUUUAAGUUCU